CUUAAGUAUACGAAGCUCUGCAUGAUCUAGAGACAGCUCCCAAGACCAUCAAAGUCUAAGUUUCAGAAACGAAAGACUCGCGGUGCUUUCAUUUUUCCUAAACGGAUAUCACAAUGGCCUGGGGAAUUCUCGAAUCAAACCGCCUGGAACAUGUUCCUGGGACAUCUCUUCUCGAGGAUGACGCCGUCGGUGGUAGUGUUGUCUCUUCAACGCUGAAACGUGCAACGGGCAAACAACAGCACAUUGUCCUGGUCCCACAGCCCUCCAACGACCUCAACGAUCCCCUUCGUUGGCCUCUUUGGCAACGCGACUUGAUGCUGCUGAUGUACUUAUACGUUACCUUGUUGAGUGUAGGAGGGAUCGGCCCGUUACUGUCGGCAUCGGCUCUCAUCUUGGUGGAGGACUUUAACAUCACUUUCACCGAGGUCUCGUUAUUGACCGGAUAUCAACUUUGUGCAGUGGGGGGUAUCGGGAUUUUCAUAUCGGCACUGUGCCAUAAAUACGGGAAACGGCCUGGGUUUCUAUUUUCUAUCACAGUAGCUUUUGUCGGUACCGUGUGGGGUGGUGCAGCACAAAGCUAUGGGUCGCUGUUGGGAGCGAGAGUUGUUCAAGGUCUUGGUACCGCCAUGUGGGAGUCUGUCAUGUACUCGAUCAUCGGCGAUUUGUACCAUGUCCAUGAGCGUGGCAUUCGGGUUGCAGCCCUAACUAUCGCAAUUUCAGGUCUAGCAAACCUUCCUGCUCUACUUUCCGGGGUGAUCACCGAAAGACUUGGAUGGCGAUGGAUGUUCUGGAUGCUAGCAAUCUUCCUGGGCAUUGGCGUUUUCCUGCUUGUAAUUUUCGGCUGGGAAACAGCCUAUAACAGAGCACCUAUCUAUAACAUAGACACGAGUUCUAACAACAACAUUGAUCUGCUCAGCGCCAUGAAAGAAAACCAUUCGUACGUUGAAAAUGUCGAGCCGAGUGUAGACACUGUGGAGAAAGCUCAGGUAGGGGAGGACGCCCCGAAGCCGCGCAAUCCAUUCGCCAAGCGUUUACUGCCUUUCAGCGGAGUUUACUCGCCAGAUAGUAUCCUUUUGAUGCUUCUCCGACCCUUCACCAUUCUCGCCAACCCGGCUGUGAUCUGGUCGACCCUCUUCCUCUCGAUCACUACUGCCUGGUUUGUGGUGAUCAGUUUCAUCAUCGCACAAAUCUUCUCCGCCCCGCCAUAUCUGUUGGAUUCUGCUCACAUCGGCUACAUGUCUGCGGGACCAUGUAUCGGUGGCAUCUUGGGGUCUGUUGUUUCCGGCCUGAUGUCUGACCCUCUUGUAAUUGGCCUUGCCAAGAGGAACAGGGGAGUCUACGAACCGGAAUUUCGGCUCAUCCUCUUGCUUCCUUUCCUGGUCACCGCUAGCAUUGGAUUCUUCUGUUUCGGCAAUUUUGUCGAACGGGGAUACUCGCCUGUAGUGAUGACUGUUAUCUGGGGCAUCGCCCUAGCAUCACAGCAGUUCAUGUCCGUUGCUGUCGGCACAUAUAUAAUUGACGCAUACAGGGACAUUUCGGUGGAGGUGUUCAUUAUCGGCAUGGUUGUGAAGAACUUCCUCUUCUUCGGCCUCUCCUUUGGAGUAAACGAUUGGGUAACCAGGUGGGGUUCCGCCCGCGUGUUCGACACUAUCGGAGGCAUUGAAGUGGCUCUCUUUUUCCUCUCCAUUCCAAUAUGGGUCUGGGGCAAGCAGUGGCGUGCUUAUUUCCACUUCAAGCAUAUCUCUUAAA